ACCGCCUGGCUCCUAGGUCGACGCUCUAACCACUGAGCAACACGGGGCUAGGCCUUGUCUUGCUGGUUUUCCUUGCGUCAUAGGUCGAGGACGAAAAGUCCUUCAUGCGGAGGAACCCAGGAACCUUCACGGUGAGAAUCCGAGCUCGGACCUUCUCCCCCAACCUGGUCGGCCACUGGAGCGCCCCCCAGCGUUUCGUGUGUGACCCGGAUGCGGGCGCGCUUUCCCACGUCUGGCUGAGCUCCUCCCUCAUGGCGCUGGCGACGCUGCUCUCCGUGGGAAUCGCCGUCUUCCUUUGCAAAAGGUACUCGGUGCUGAAGACCCUCUUCUCGCCCAUCCCGCACCUGAAGGACCCCAUCGGGGACAGCCUACAUGAGAAGAUGGUACGUCCGGGUGUCCGCCCCCGGGCGCCUCUGGGGCGGAGGUGGCCACAGUCCAGCCCAGGCACUGGGAAGAGGGGGUGACCACCAGGGUAGCCGGCAAGCCGACAGGACAGGGAACCCAUAACCCGUGCCCCCUGCCCCCUGGCCAGGCCCCAUGACCCACCCGGACCCUCCUCACCCCACAGUUCACCUGGGAGGCCGGCCAACCCACCCAGGAGGAGUGUCCGUUGACUGAACUGCAGGUUUUAAGGGAGACGUGAGCCCGGAUGAGGUCGCGGCUGGCCAGGUGCCCACACAGCCUGGCGGCUCCCGGAGGCGGGGAUGUGUGCACUGGGGCGGGGACGCCCACCUACGAUAUUCACCGGGAAGGAAGCUAAAUAAAGGGAAUUUUCAACCCGCUCUCCGCUCCCCGCACACAGGCGGCUCCCACCCCUCACCUCAAGGCUGCUAGGCGCCCUGUCCCCCCCACACAAGCCUCUGAAAUGGGAAUCCUAUCUCCCCCCCGUCGUGUGGACUUUGGUCUUUCAAUCGUAUUAUGUACCUUCUUCUCCUUGUUAAAGGUAUUUUUAUGCAUUAGAGAGAGAGAGAGAGAGAGAGAGACAUCCAGGACGAGAGGGGAUCAUGGACCCGCUGCCCCCUGCACGCCCCACA